CUUCUUUAAUAACCAAAUGGGAAAUGUUCACUCCAAAAAACAUAAACAUAGACCGAGUGUUAUAAGAACUGAUAGUACACCAGAUAAUGAAUAUUCAAAUACAACAGCCACUUCAAUUAGCUCAAUUCUUGUGAGUAACUCCAAUAAUGCACCUAUUGAUAUAUCACAGCAAAAAUCCCCAGUAGCUCCAGAAUAUCCUUUCCCCAAUAGUAUCAAUAGUGUCCACUCACCUACCAAUGACGACACUCUCCAUUCAUUCAACCAACUCAGUUUGUCUUCUGAAAACCAGUUAACUGCUAAUUCUAUGCACUCAUUCGGAAAAAACUUGGAUGUCGACGAAUGUAUCAGUCGUUUAUUGGAAGUAGGCAAAAGCGGCAAAGUUUCUAAAUCCAUAUGCUUCAAGAACUCUGAAAUUGUCGCCAUUUGUAGAGCGGUGAGCGAAGUUUUUAUGAGCCAACCUACACUCAUUGAGUUGAAUCCACCUGUCAAAAUCAUGGGCGACAUUCAUGGUCAGUACCACGAUCUAAUUCGUUUAUUUGAAAUGGGAGGCUAUCCACCCGAUGCCAACUACUUACUCUUGGGCGAUUAUGUUGAUCGUGGCAAACAAAGCUUGGAGACCAUUCUAUUGUUGUUUUGCUAUAAAAUCAAGUAUCCCGAAAACUUUUUCUUGUUGAGAGGCAAUCAUGAGUGUGCCAACGUCACCAGAGUGUAUGGAUUCUAUGAUGAAUGUAAAAGACGAACCAAUGUCAAGAUUUGGAAGACAUUUAUUGAUGUAUUUAAUACGCUGCCGAUUACUGGUCUGGUAGCAGGAAAGAUAUUCUGUGUUCAUGGAGGCAUCAGUCCUUCAUUGAAUAAUCUGGAUGAUAUUCGUACCAUCAUUCGACCCACUGACGUGCCUGAGUUUGGAUUGUUGAAUGAUUUGUUAUGGUCGGACCCAAGUGACACUGCGGUGGAUUGGGAGGAUAAUGAAAGAGGCGUAUCGUAUUGCUUUGGAAAGAAGAUUGUGAACGAAUUCUUGUCUAAAUUUGAUUUGGAUCUUGUCUGUAGGGCACAUAUGGUGGUGGAGGACGGCUAUCAAUUCUUUAAUGAAAGAACCCUGGUGACUGUAUUUAGUGCUCCCAAUUAUUGUGGUGAAUUUGAUAAUUUUGGUGCAAUCAUGAGUGUCAAUGAAGAAUUAUUGUGCAGUUUCGAAUUAUUAACACCAACAGAGCAUCCACCUAUCCACAAGAUGCAACAGGCUAGCAAAGGAGGAAGAAGACAAAGUCCCCCUAUGAUGGAAAUGGCAAGUUCUUUAGAGGACUACUCUCAAUAACACAACACAACUGUAACAUAUAUCCUUUAAGCACCCUCACUUUUUUUUUUAAUUUAUUAAUAAAUAAUCGCAUUCUUCCUUUUA